CCUGCUUGGCCUCUUGUGCCGCAACCGCGAGUGCGGCCUACGGUAGCCUCCAAAGCAGCACAUCCAAAGCAGGGACCGAAUGGACAUGGACCGGCCGGAGGAGGAGGGGCAGCAGCGGAGGGAGACGAUGACGCCGGUGCUCCUCAGGCUGUUCGGCGUGGACGUCCACCGGGGUGGCGGCAGCGGGGAGCCGGAGGAGUCGCCGAUGGACCUGAGGAAGAGCUCCAGCAUGCCCGACCUCACCAUCAACCCGCUGCUGUCGCCGGAGGAGAAAGAGGGCUGCAAGGGGUACGCCUCCGACGACGCGGAGCUGGCGUCCGGCCAGCAGAAGCGCCGCCGUCGCAAGGCACAGGACAGGAAGAAAGGAAUUCCAUGGACCGAGGAGGAGCACAGGAAGUUCCUGGACGGGCUAAGGCAGCUGGGCAAGGGGGACUGGAGGGGCAUCUCCAAGGGCUUCGUCACCACCAGGACGGCGACGCAGGUGGCCAGCCACGCCCAGAAGUACUUCCUCCGGCAGACCAACCCCGGUAUGAAGAAGCGCCGGGCGAGCCUCUUCGACGUCGGUAUCGCGGACUACAAGGACAACCAGGUGCCAGGCCCUCAGAGCAUCGUCGCUGCCAAACCGGCGCCUACGCAGGAGAUAAUCCACACCGACCGCGGCGACGUCCCCAUACCAAGAUAUAGAGGCCUCGGAGAGAUUUUAGGCAGUAACAUGCAGGUUAAUCAACUGACUGACUACUACUAUUUCAACAAGAACUCCCAUGUUCCCGCGGGGACUUCGCUCUCCAUGGCCUCCGGCCUGGAAACGGCCUCGACCGUCGACAGCCUGGAGCUCAGCAUCGCCGUCAACGGCCUGGAGCUCAGCAUCGCGCCCCCUUCCCGGUGCGUCUGCGGCGGCGCGGCGGGGGCCAUCAAGGUUCUGUGACUCGGCCGGGACGCCGAGGGAGCUACUCGCAUUUGGCUUCCCCUGCGAGCAUGCGUUUCAUCAAGUAUUAUCAGCCUCGUCAGGCUGCCGCGCGCAGCCGGGUUUCGGUCUUGCUGGUUGUGUUGGUGUGUUCUGUUCUGUUUUGUUGUGCGCAAGGAAUGUUUGUGAAGUGCAUUGCGUUGUAAUACACUAAUACUAGCAGUGUUGUGGAAUGGAAUUAGGGGAGAGGGAUCAGCUGGGAUUUGGGGGUUGAUGGGUCCCUGUCUCGACUUCGAGUGGGUUCGUUUCGUGUUCCAAUCCGAGGAGGCGGCGACGGGCGCAAGGCGUCGUGUGGGUGUGGCUCUGAGCUCCCCGAUCCCGCCCAAUAAUUGGACCGUGCCGUCCAAAACGCAUACGCCAACUAAUCUUCGGAAGAAAGUCGCAGCUUUACGUUAUGUGACAUUUAGUUAAAGUG